AUGGCUUACUCUAUGCAAUACUCCCGAGAAUACAACAUCACUCCUUAUCAUUACCCAAACCAUCAGCCAACGAAUGAGGAGAAGCCCUCAAUGUGUGAUGACAAGCCUGCAGCUGUUGGUUUCUGGGGAUCAUCUCCUGCUGUUCCCCAAGAUGUUUGGUUUCCAAGCAAUCCAACUCCUCCACCACCACGUUCAUAUUAUGUUCCCUCCAAUCCCUUCCGUACCAACAACUACAAAAGUGCUCCUGUUCCCCUGACUGAAGACCAAGUGAGGCAAAUUUUCAUGAAGUUCGACCUGAACGGAGACAAUGUUCUUAGCAGGGAAGAGAUUAGACAAGCUUUCAAUUAUCUCGGUGCCAUGUUCCCUGCUCAAAAGGCCCGUCAAGGGAUCAAACUUGCUGAUGCUAAUGGAGAUGGAGUUGUGGACAUGUCAGAGAUGGAAGAUCUCGUCAAAUAUGCUUACAACCUUGGAUAUGUUGUUAGGUAA